AUGGUUAAACACUUUUCCGCGGACUGGCUUGCUCAGAGCUAUCACGAGACCGGAAUUAAACACGAUCUGGACACUUCCCAAGCGCUCCUCAGACCUCAUGUGCCGUGCUCUGUGCAACCGCGGCCUCCGACGUCUUAUGGCAAGUUUCCCCCGCAGCGCAAGACUCAGCAGCUCACCUACACCCAGGCAAAGGACCACACUCCCUUGUUUACUCUCAUAAGUCCGAGAAACUGCUCAUCCCCAAACUUUUCGGAGAACGGUGGUUAUUCUUCGGGCUACGACAGUGAGGCCACCGGUUCUGAAUGUCCCUCAGUUGAAGAUGAAAUUGAGGGAUUGAGGGAGCAUGGCGCACAGCGCAGGAUCAGAACCAAAUUUACACCGGACCAAAUCGACAAACUAGAAAAAAUCUUUAGCAAACAUAAAUACCUGGACGCGGGCGAGCGGGUCAAAACCGCCCUGAAGCUGAAUCUCUCUGAAACUCAGGUCAGAACGUGGUUUCAGAACCGAAGAAUGAAGCUGAAGCGGGAGGUCCAAGAAAUGAGAGCGGAGUAUCUGGUCCCCGCUCUGCCCGCUGUCAUGUGGUCCGCAGCUCCAGCGGUUCAAUACCAUUGUUUCAGCGGACAGCGCCCGUCAUUAACGCCGUUUCCGCUGAGCUCUCAUAGGCCCGCACCUCAGCAGGAACAUAGUCCCAACUUUGAUGGUGUCCAGUCACAUAUGCCGUGCUUAGUGGAUUCACGAACUCUGGUGUCAAAUGAGGACCCCUCAUACGUAACACAUCGUGAGGAUGUGAGCGACAAUGUCAAGGAUUUGGCCAGGGCCCCAUCGUCUCCUACCAAUAGCUACGGUUACUCUUCUGGCUCCGAGAGCGAAGUCUGUGAUGACGGCGAGCAAGAAUCGGGACCGAAUCGACGCGUGAAAACCUGGUUUCAAAACAGAAGAAUGAAGUUAAAGCGUGAGGUGCAAGACACGCGGACAGAAUAUUUCGCCGCGUCUCUGCUGUCGCAUGUGGUGUUCCCGUCACCGCUGUCAUUUCAGAACCACGUCCUCACUGGACAGCGCCUCUCGCUCCUGCCUGGCGUGUACUCGCUCUAUCCACAGCAUCUCAGCCAGCGAGUCUGUCCGCGACAGAUGGCGCAGCAAAGAAUUCAACCGUCGCUGCUUGCGUCCUGCUACUACUAA